AUGGAGGAGAAGAUGGCGCUGGGGAAGAACAGCAGAUACAGGGCUACACCUGGCCCUACUCCGAGAAGGUCGACGACUCUUCGAGUCACGAGAACUCUUCCUUCCUGGAAAAAGACUAUGCAAUCAUACCAUGCAAAUGCAUUGACUACAGGCAAAAGAAUAUUGUCCCUAAUUGCUUUGAGUUUGGACCUUGACGCUGAAUUCUUUCACAAGAACGGUGCAUUUGAACCCCCUUCAGCAUUUAUUCGAUUAUUACACUAUGCAGGUGACGUAAAUGGUCCAGACAACAAAGACAUUGUUGGUGCAGCAGCGCACUCGGAUUAUGGAAUGCUAACCCUUUUAGCAACAGAUGGAACACCUGGCUUGCAGGCAUAG